AUGGCGCUUUUUCCGUCUCCAACCUCAACAUAUCACUCGAAGACUUAUCCAUCCUUGUCUCCAUCUCGCCCUGAGCUUUCUGCCAAAGGCAAGAGUAUUGUCAUUACUGGCGGAGGCACUGGUAUUGGUGCAGAAACCGCUUUAUACUUCGCUGAGGCAGGAGCCUCUCGAAUUGCCCUCCUUGGCCGUAGAGAGCAACCUCUUCUCGACACCAAAGCCUCCAUUGAGCAAAAGUUUUCCAAUGUUGAAGUAUUUGUGGCCUCGACUGAUGUCACUAAUAAGACUCAAGUGGAUAUGGCUUUCGCCAAGUUUGCUGGUGAUGGCAAGAUCCAUGUCCUAGUGAGCGGUGCUGCAAAAAUUGGACCCCAAGAUCCAGUGAGAGAUGUGGAUAGUGAGAAAUUCCUUGAGACGAUCCAUCAAAAUAUUCAAGGAUCACUCUAUGUUGCACAGGCCUUCCUUCGCUACUCGUCAUUUGACGCUGUCGCCAUCGACAUCAAUUCGUCUGCUGCGCACGUCAAUUUUGGCCCUGGGUGGACUGCAUAUAGCGUUGCAAAAUUAGCCGUGUUCAGACUUUGGGAUUCUCUGGCAUUUGCAAACCCGGAUCUGAGCGUUUUCCAUGUGCAGCCGGGUAUUGUUGAUACUGCGAUGAACAAGGAGGCAGGUGGUAUAGAUGCUAUCGGCUGGGAGGAUGAUGUCUCCCUGCCAGCUAGCUUUCAUGUUUGGCUUGCAAGUCCUGAAGCACGCUUUUUGAAAGGCAAGUUCCUGUGGGCAAACUGGGAUGUCGAUGAACUCAAGGCACAGGCCAAAGAGGUUGAAGCAAGUACAAGGCUCACAAUUGGUCUUGGAGGAUGGCCGUUUGAAUAA